AUGCCAUUCCCUAAUCGAUUACGCCACUUAUUUGGCUCAAGGAGACGAAAAUUAUGGGCAUGGGCUGCUGUUUCUACGUUUAUUCACGCUUCUACUUUACUAACGUAUAACAUUUAUUCCGACGUGACGUCAAAUUCAGAUUACAAAAAACAGUAUGCUACAAACUACACCUCAAUACUGUUAAUUGCGAGUAUAUUUGAGCGAAUGGCGUAUUUUGGAAUGUAUCUUGUCAGUAUAUUUCUCACUUUUGUCGGUUUUCGAAAGCGGAUCCGUCUCAAAUCGAGCGCAUUACCGAUUUACAUCAUCUUCUUCCUCAACGAAUGUGUGACGAUGAUAUUCCAAGGGAUAAUGGGAUAUUUUCCAGCUUUAAAUAUGGGUUUUGGGUUCGGUCUGAUGGUCACCUCGGCGAUGGUACUUUACGCCUACCGGCUUUUGCAUAUCGAUAUAUUCACCGGGAAAAUGCCGUGUCCGUGCUGUGGGAUUGAUAUUUGGAUUGAU